AUGUAUCAGAUUGGCAACAUCUAUUUUAUCACAGCCAUCGCCGUGAUUGGCGGUGGCCUGUUUGGUUUUGAUAUCUCAUCCAUGUCUGCCAUCAUCGGCACGCAGCAAUACAAAUGUUACUUCAACCAAGGCCCUGAUGGACCUCCUCAAUGCUCCGGCCCGAGAUCUGAUGUUCAGGGCGGCAUUACUGCUUCCAUGCCUGGAGGCUCAUUCGUUGGCGCGUUGGCUUCGGGAUUCCUGUCCGACAUCUUUGGUCGAAAGAGAGCCAUCCAGAUAGGUGCAGUCGUCUGGUGCAUUGGUUCCAUCAUCGUUUGCGCUUCUCAGAACAUUGGCAUGCUCGUUGUUGGUCGUUUUAUCAAUGGACUCAGUGUCGGCAUUUGUUCAGCCCAAGUACCUGUCUACGUGUCCGAGUUGGCGCCCCCCAGCAAGCGAGGAAGAGUCGUGGGAGCUCAACAAUGGGCCAUCACAUGGGGUAUUCUGAUCAUGUUCUACAUCAGCUACGGCUGCAGCUUUGUCAACGGACCGGCGGCAUUCCGCAUCCCAUGGGGUUUGCAAAUGAUCCCUGCCAUCAUUCUAUUCUUUGCAUUGUUCCUCCUUCCGGAAAGUCCCAGAUGGCUUGCACGCAAAGAUCGCUGGGAAGACUGCCACAACGUUUUGGCUCUUGUACAUGCCAAGGGCAACCGUGAAGCUCCUUUCGUCCUCCUCGAGCUCAAUGAGAUUCGAGAGAUGUGCGAAUUUGAGCGACGGAAUGCUGAUGUUAGCUACCUUGAGCUUUUUAAACCAAAAAUGAUCAACAGAACGCACAUCGGUGUUUUCACUCAGAUCUGGUCUCAGCUUACUGGAAUGAACGUCAUGAUGUACUACAUUACCUAUGUUUUUGGCAUGGCUGGCCUCACCGGCAAUACCAACCUCGUGGCUUCGUCAAUCCAAUAUGUCAUCAACGUUUUCAUGACUAUUUUCGCACUCAUUUUCAUUGACCGAUGGGGACGUCGAUGGCCUCUGAUCAUCGGCUCUACCUUCAUGGCCAUUUGGAUGUACGCUAAUGCUGGUCUGAUGGCCUCUUAUGGGAGUCCGGCACCACCCGGCGGAGUCGACCACGUCCCAGAGGAAUCCUGGCAAAUCCACGGCGGCGCAGCUAAAGGUGUAAUUGCCUGCACAUAUUUGUUCGUGGCUUCAUUUGCACCGACUUGGGGGCCCGUCAGUUGGGUAUAUCCGCCUGAGCUGUAUCCUCUUCGCGUGCGAGGCAAGGCGGUGGCUCUGACUACUGCUUCCAACUGGAUCUUCAACUUUGCAUUGUCAUACUUUGUCCCGCCGGCAUUUGUCAACAUCAAGUGGAAAGCCUACAUCAUCUUUGGCGUCUUCUGCACGGUCAUGACGAUCCAUGUCUUCUUUUGUUUCCCCGAGACAGCAGGCAAGACCCUGGAAGAGGUCGAGGAGAUUUUUAUGAGCGACAUCAAACCGUGGAACACCCACGUCAACUAUCACAACAUCAAGAGGGAGGAGAGAGGCGAAGUCGAUACCGAGAAGCGACUGAGCUAUGCUAUCCACCGUGAGCGAGGGGAUAGCGAUCACACCGAGGUCGGUCAUAAUACUCAGGAGAUUGCGAAGAACGAGGCUGCAUGA